AUGAAAUUUGCAUGUAACAAACUUAUGAUUAUAUUUUAUGCUGUAUUUCAACUUGUUUUCAUUCGAUCAAGCCAACAACACAUUUAUACAUGUGAUUCAGAUACAGCAUGUGGAUGCUCAUUGAAUUCAGUCUACAUCAGUCGAAUCGCUGGCGGAGAAACAGCUUGGGCAACUACUUGGGGUUGGGCUGUGUCGAUUUCUAUACGUGGAAUUUCAUUAUGUGGUGGGUCUAUUUUGUCAAGUUCAUGGAUUCUCACAGCAGCUCAUUGUGUGAGUGGAGUCUCAACAUCACAAGUAACUGUUUAUGCUGGUUCAAACACUAAAUUUGCUGGUCAAUCUCGAGUUGCGACUAGUAUUACAGUACACCCAAGUUACGUUAGUAGAACUAAGGUAAAUGAUAUUGCAUUGAUACAUCUUGGCACUCCAUUGAGAAUGUCAAGUUCAUUAAUAAGUGCGGUCUGUAUUCCAGCGGUAAGCUCGACUACACUAUCUGUUGGUGAAUGGCCAUCUUCUGGCUUAUAUGUUGUAGCUAUUGGAUGGGGUACUUUACAAGAAGGCGGCUCAACAUCAACAACUCUCCAACAAGUAACCGUUCAAACAAUUGAUUCUCAAGCAUCCACUUGUAGCUCUUUAUUGAAUAAUCCACAACUACAAUUUUGUGCUGGUGUUUCUGGUGGUGGGAAAGACACAUGCAAAGGUGACUCGGGCGGUCCUCUGAUGAUGUUUACAACAAGUCAUCAAUGGGUAUUAGUUGGUUUGACUAGUUAUGGUAUUGGUUGUGCGCGAGCAGAUUAUCCUGGUGUCUAUACUCGUGUAGCCUAUUAUCAAGACUGGAUUCGAAUAACGACAAGUGGUGCAUAUACUAAUGCAACUUCGUCGGUAUCGGCAAACAUUGAUCCAUUUUCUUCAAAAGCAUCAAUCAAAUUUUUUCAUAAUCAACCGCUUACUCAUUUAUUAUUUCUUUUCUUUUCACUACUUCUUAUCAAAAUCUAUCUAUCAUGA